CGCGCCUGAUGAGGCGGUUGACAUCGAACUGAAGUUACCUUCAGGUAACUAACGACUUCACGGCGCCAUUACAUCAGAAACAUCCCCGAGGAACGAACGAUUGAAAACCACGACAGGGUCAUGUCUUUCAGUGGAGCCAGAGGAGGAAGUCUGUCCAGUUACCGCUCCCAGUAUGUCCCCCCGUCGCUUCCCUCAGCACGCAGGAUUCCUCCGAAGUCCAAGUUCACCACAGGUCGAGCCUAUGGUAGUCAGCCAAAGGUCCAUCCCAAAAUCCUGAUUGACAGGUACAAGCAGGGAGAGACACAUGCGGUCUCUUUACUCUACGCGUUGGCCAAGACUUUCGAUUUCCAGCUGGAGAUAAGGGAGACGGUGACCACAGGGAACGUCACCAGGCUCCUUUUUGCCUUCUGUGUGGUGAUCGAUGGUGUGCAGUACAGGACUGGCAUGGGGGAGACCAAAAAAGAAGCUCGUCUCCAGGCAGCUGAGCUUGCGCUGCUGGACUUGAUUCCCAUGUGGGAAAACAUGGUCACUGUGACGACUGCUUCCUCAGAGGUUCAGACACCUCAGCUGGCCACAGUGGAGACUCCGGUUCCAGAGAUCCCGGCACAGAGGCCAGAGAGAAAAAGCGGUUCAAACUUGAAGAUUCCAAACGCAGUCCAGGAUCACCUGAACACGCUGUUGAGCAGCUACCCGGCUCAGUCCGCUGGUGCUGGCACCGCUGCAGCCUUCAUCAUCCAGACGGCGGCUGGAUGUAAUGUCGUCGCCCUGGGCAGCGGGAAUUUCAACACCAACAAGCUGGCGACGUCGUGCGGACGUCUCAUUCACGACUCUCACGGCGUGGUCUCGGCGAGGCGCUCGCUGAUGAGGUUCCUCUACCGCCACCUGCAGAUGUUCUACAGUAAAACGGCCAAUCUGAGCGAGAGGUCCGUGUUCCAGCAGAGCGGCAGCAGUGGCCUCCUCACCCUGAAGAGCGGCAUCACUCUGCACCUCUAUAUGAACCAGCUGCCCAAGGGAACUGCCCGCAUCCCCUCCAGACUACGUUUGAACCCUCUGUCCAUCAAUGCGUGGCAGGUCAACAAUGAGAUGAGCCUGCACCUGGCAGUGGAGGGAAAGGUGUUCUCGGUUUUCUCCUCUACUUCAGGGCAGUCGGCCGACAAGGUCAUCAGCAUGUCGGCCACUGACAAGCUCAUGCAGUGGCAGGUGCUGGGCUACCAGGGCGCUCUGCUCAGCCACUUCAUCGAGCCCAUCUACGUGGAGAGCAUCCUGGUCGGUGACGAAGGCGUUUGUGAUAUCCGGGGGAUGGAGAUAUCGGUGUGCCAGCGAGUGGAAGGCAUCACUCCUCUGCUCCCCACUGACUAUUGCAUGAUGAGGCCUCACAUCAGCCUGGUGCCUCCAGUUGUCUCCUGCAGUGAACACCAGGUCACUCACGCCUUCAACUGGAGCGAAGGAGAUGGCCCCCUGGAGGUAGUGGAUGGCCUGAUGGGAAAGACCAUUGAAGACUCUCCUUUCAGGAGUGGCCCCGCGAUGGCCAGCCGCCUCUGCAAGGCUGCCAUGCUGUAUCGAUUCAAGCUGCUGGCCAAAGAAGCUGGGAGGACGGACCUGCUGGACCUACGUUCUUACCGGCAGGCGAAGAGGAUGGCUAAGCCGUACCAGGAGGCCAAGAGCGUGCUGAGGGCGUACCUGUCGCAGCAGGGCUUCGGCUGCUGGCUGGCCAAGCUUCCGGUCAGUGACAAUUUCAACAUGUGAGCACCACUGGUCACAGUGGGACCGUAGAAGCAGUUCAUGUGCAACUAUCGUUGACUGUUUCAGUUUGACUCCGUUUGAAGUGCUUCCACUUAAGACUUAAGUGUCCAUGUUAAAAGAAAGGGCUAUGUUGAGAACACCAACAUGCACACCUUUGUUCCUCAUGUUUGAUCUUGCCACUUUUGAGUUGUGUUGCAUUAAACACAUUAAAGAGCAGAGCAUUAAACUGUGUGGUCUGACACUGGUCGUGGAAGAUUGUGGUAGCUGUCUUAACAGAACAUUAUGACCAUCUGUGGAACACUGCUCAGAGCAGCCGUCAGUGUUCUAGUGAGAGAGCAUUAGUGGUAGACGCCCCGCAGCUGUAAUGAAAGGACCAAAGCAUGUUGAAAAUUUUGAAUUAAAAGGGUCCCCUUUAAUAGCACGGGAUUGAAAGAUGAAUUGUGGCUUGUGAUGGAAGUUGCAGCGUACUGCUUUCCACUUGUCUGAUCUUUUUCCGGUGUCUAUAGGAGAAAAGUCAGCCUCCUACAGAAAGCUGAUUUCCUCUCUCCCACAUGCACAGCAACACUUUAUUAGGGGUAUUUGCCGACUUUCCAUCACCACACAGACGUCAGCUCUUGCAUUAAUCGAUUUAUUAAUUUAAGGAAGCAAAGCACUUACAAAUCACAUACAAAAUAAAUAAAAUAAAUAUUCAUUCAGUGCUUGACGUGGGUCCUCGCAGGACUUGAGAACUUGAUGUAUCAUUGAAACAGUUCAUCAGAAGAAAUAAUUUAAACAGAAUCCGACGCAAUUAAAUACAUUCACUCCGGCUCAGUGUUUCUUGUUGUAGCGUCAGCCAAGGUGUGCCUGAGGUCAUCAACGACGGCUGGGGUUGGCAGCGUUGUCCUGCUGGAUCAGUGAUUCCAGCUUGUUGAGGAAGUCUUUGAAGUUGGUCUUGGGCCAUUUGUUGCAGGGGCACUGGGUGGAGUUGGUCUUGGGCUGCUGUGGGAAAAGAAACCGACAGACUUGGUUCGCAUGGGUGUUGAACUGUUGUGGUACUGCUGCUGGAUAGUGUUCUCAGAUGUCAGAUCAGUUAAGUCUCAAGACGCACUUUGCUCUGAGCGGCGCACAGAUGGUGUCGUCACGUGGAGCAGGAAGGACUGCUGCUGGCUAGUACGGCGUGUUCCAGUGUUUGGGUGAGGAGCAAUCGCUUAAGGCGAGCUUCGAACUGAAGUAUGAUGUGGCACAUGAACUGAAACCAGGAGGCCAGUGGUUGCUGUUUUAGAAGUUCAUUGAAAUAAGAUCUGCUCUGAUCUGACCAUUUCAAACCAACUCCGAGGUAAAGUCUGUGAUGUUGUCACUGCAGCAGUCGUUCCUAAAGCUGGCUCUCAGUUACAUUGUGCACAUCAUGUUUGAAAAACCAACUUGUUGCACUAGAUCCGCCGUGGCUGCGAUUCGCCAACCUGCCUGUCACUAAGUGACUGCUCAAAUGUUGGAAACUAGAACCCCACACUUACCUCUGGCCGGCGCGACAGUGUGUAGUUGAUGAAGUCUGCUGAGUCCACUAUGAAGCCUUUCGGAUCGGCGCACUCUUUGCUAGCCACCAACAGUUCCUUCUCGGCGCACUCCAGCGCCGCAAUGAUGCAUUCAUUCUGUUGAGCAGCAGAAUGAAAAAUGUCUUGAGUGUCUUCCAGCUGCUGUCAAGCGUCAACACCACAACAAAGAAAAGCCAUUGUAGAUGUGUGCAACACCUGCAGGCUACACUUCCUUUCUGAGAAAGUCACACUGCGGUUUAGAGAGGUUCGGUCUUAUGUGGCGAACCAGACGUGACCUGCAUACGCUUGGUGUACAUACAGAGCAGCAGCGUAUUCUUACCUUCACGUUUUCUGGAGCUCCAAAAGUUAAUGAUGACUGCUGGACACAAAAGAGAAGUUUAAGAGCGGUGCAUUUUAAAGUGAUAGGAAUCUAGCUGUCGUGCAACUUACACAGUUCACAUCUUGUCUCAUUUCCUCGAUCAAGUAGUCAUCGAUGGGGUAGGAGUUUGCAUAGAGGAAAACGCAGAGUGAGACGAAGCAAAAUGCCGUGUUGAAGAUGCUGGCCAUCGUUGCUUGCUGAGCAGGUUCAGUGGUCUUGAGAGGGUGGAGGUCUGCUGCUGUAUACCUGGACCUCCAUGAGCUCACUUUAUAUAGCUGAGUGGUGGAAAAGAGUGGGCUGAGUUUGUCAUGUACCACCUAAUACUUAUACAGUUUUUCCUUUUGACAUUGGGAUUUUUCGACUCAACCAAAAAAUAAAAAACCCAAGCUGU